GCGUGUUCAUGGCAAAGGGUUGCUGCACAGAUGUAAAGUAAAGAUCUUCUCAGCUCGAAAUCCACAGUACCAAGGUAGUAUCAGCUCUACUUGCUUAUUAUGUUGUUGGAUGGAAUCUUUCGCGCGAUUACAUGUAAGAAAGGCAUCAUUCGUUUCCCGGAUUUUUACUUGUUUGGUAAGACUUAAAGAAUGCGGUCCUCUCACGUCUAAAUACAGGUCACUCACUUAGGAGAGACUGUGACUGAUUCCAAGAGCAUCGACGUCAGCCUCAUUUUUGCCUCAAACCAGCGGCGCCGUGCCACCACAAUGGAGUGGUGGAUGUGCUCUAUCAGUUCACAAUUCACAAUUCCUCGAACGUUCAACAGAAAUACAGAAAUCACUGGAAGGACCAUCAUCAACAAUCAUGAAGUUCAGUGCUCAAGCUUUCCUCCUUGCUACUAGUCUCGUUGCCUUGACUUCCACUGAAGCUUUUGAGAAAAAAGUAGGCUCAGAAGAGAGACGUCUCCAUGGCUGGGGGAUGAGUGUCGAAGAAUAUGAAGAUCGCUAUGCGAGUCUGUACUGCAGAUGUUGCGGAAGCGAGCAAGAAUCGCGUAGUGUUAAUUCAACUUUGGUGCCCGCUUGUGCAGCUUUUGAGGGAGAGUCUUGCCGAUGCCCCGUCCGCGAAGAAGUCGGAAGCGCUUGGUGGAACUUCUUCAGCAUUGACUUUCAAGGCCGCUGGAACGAGUCUUGCGUCAAUGAAAUCCUGCCCAGGUCCAACCUCACAUUUGCGGUCCCUCCAACCGUAGACGUCCUUGAUGGUGGCGUUGCGAUCAUGGCCAAAAACGGAGGAGCUUGAAGCAAGUACCAGCAAAUUCGGUUGUGCUACGCAAAUUGGCGAGAGCGGUUCCCAAAGUCUGGCUUGUACGUCGGAGUACACAGCUUAGAUGACGAUUGUUGCACUUUACUGCAGCUGGUGUUGUAGGAGAGAGUCACAUGAAUUUUACUGUUGUCAGGACAAUAGA